AUGGCGCCGUUCCCAGAACAGCCCAAGGGUCCGUGGGCCAGCCGGGGCGUGACGAGGCACGAGAAGCAGAUGCUCCAGUUCGUCGUCGACGUGCUCGACCAACCAGGCGGGCGGGAGCUGCUGCUGACCGAGGACGGCGUGCGCGCCCUCCGCCGGCAGUUUGGGCUGCACGACGUGGUCUUCGAGCCGGCAGAGACCCAGAGAUACACAGAGAAGCUUUUCUUGGCCGCCCUCCGCGACCUGAAGCGCAAAACGAUCCAGUCCGCGUACAGAGGCGUCUGCGCGGUCCUCGACGCCGAGUUCGAGGUGCUCCAGUCCGACUCGCUCGUCCCCGAGGUGCUGCGGCAGUCACUAAGUAGACUGGCGGGCCAGCAGGCGGAGGCGAGCGGCGCGCCCUGGGAUGUCUCGUGCUUCCUGACGGACGACGCGGACGACCGCGAGUGGUGGGGGUCGAGGGCUGUGCUGGACCCCUUCAUGUUCCCCGCGGUGCGCGGGAGGACGAGGACGCUCGGGGAAGGGGAGGGCCGCAUCGACCUGGAGCGGUGCUGGCAGUGGAUGGGAAUGGGCGACGAGCGGACGACGGACGCCUUGCUCGGGACAUACGGGGAGAAGAUACCGCUGGAUUUCCGGGUGCUCCCCUCGGAGGUGCAGUUCCGGGCGGACGGGACGGCGCAGAUUGCGAGCUACGUGAAUGGGCUGCACCCGAGCGUCGGGGGCAUGUACGAUGCGCUGGAGAGGGUGCUGGAUGCUGUGAUACCGCAGUGGCAGAGGGUGCUUGGGAGCUUUGAGGACUGCAGGCGGAUCGUGCCGGACAAGGCUUUCAUGAGCGGAUACAUGUCGCGGCUGCGCUCUGCAGACAGCGGAGGGCGGUUGCAUCCAAACAUUGCGGUUCUAAAUCAGGAGCAGCGGGAGGACUUCAAGGCUGCCCGGAUGGGCGAGGAAGAUAGCUUGCAGGUGGUGUUCCGCAUGGACAACAUCGCGGGCGAUGCAGUCUACAUGCAGGACGACGACAAGCUUAGAUAUAGUGUCAACUACAGUAGGGGUGAAUGGCGACGACCGGCGCCUUUCUCAGAGGACGUCGUCACCGUGGCUAUCUACUGCUACGACGCGGAUGAGUCGCAAGGCUCCGAGGUCCGCAUCCAAUUGAAGCAGGAUACGUCACCGGACGUCCUGGACGCAUGCAACAAGCAUCCCUCCUCGAGGUUCAUCGGCGGAAACGACAACGUGACAAUCAGAGCAUUCAACGAGCUAUACAACGAGGUCGAGGUCAGCCCGUACGACUCCCUCGAAGGGGACUACCCCGACAUGGACCCCGAGAAGCCCAGCGCCGUCGAGCUGCUGGGAUCCGUUCGGCUCGCCCAGGGCAGACUGCUCGUCUUCCCUGCCAGCGUGCAGCACAGGUUCUGGGUCAAGGGCGUGCCCUCGAGCUGCGGGAUCCUCACGAUGGCGCUGAUCGAUCCCCGGCGGCCGAGCAGGCUAUCGACCGCCACGGUGCCUCCUCAGUCGCGCGACUACUGGCGCGCGCACAUCCGAGAUAUCCCCUGGUUCAGGCGCCUGCCCGAGGAGCUGUGGCUACUCAUCAACUCGGAGCUGGACUCGAUCAAGGGCGGCGGGGCCUCGGAAGGGGAGGAUGACGAUGACGACUGCGGCCAGCAGUAUCCGGUGUCUCGGCGCGCGGCAUGGGAGACCAGGCAGAAGGUCAAUGAGGCGCGUGCGCGGUACGAGCAAGAGAUUGGCAACACGAUGGUGUCGUGA